UCGAAUUGACAAAAAAUAUGGCCACAUUGCUGUCAGGCGAACUAUGUGUUUAGUAUCCAUAAUUUUUGCUUUUUUGUGACGCGGUGUGUGAAAGCGUUUUCUAACAGAAUUUAUUUAUUCGCGCGUUCGUGCUUUGCUGUAGAUCUACUCAAAAAGCGGUCCGACAAUAUAAUCGUUUCAAAAACCAGAUUGGUUAAAACGUUGAUACGUUGAUUUUAGUGCUUUUGAACUAUGACCCUGAACAUUAUUUUCUGAAGUUUUACUGUGCGUGCACAAAAAUUAUAAUUUUUUCACCGAAAAAAAAUGGAGUUUUCGCAACCACCUCCCGAUAUGUCCAAUAUGGGCAAUCAAUUCAAUAAUUUCAGCGUUCCGCCACCCGUUCAAUCGAAUCAUCGGCCAGCUGGACAAAUCUAUCAUGCGGGCAAACCAGGUCAGCCAUUUUUCAGACCCUUUGUAAAUUUCAAUCGCGGUCCGGGUGCACUGCCAAUGACACAAGAUGAUUUCGAUGGCAAACGACUACGGAAAAGUGUUAUGCGAAAGACGGUCGACUACAAUGCAGCUAUAAUUAAGGCGUUAGAGAAUCGCAUCUGGCAACGAGACUUUCGGGAUAGACGAGCACUUCAGCCGGAAAGUAUCUAUGCACCGGAAAUGAUGCCGCCACCGAGUUACAUGGAUAAUCCCACCAAUGCCGUUACGACGCGAUUUGUCAAAACUGCUACAAACAAAAUGCGCUGUCCCAUAUUUACAUUGGCUUGGACGCCGGAGGGUCGACGAUUAGUUACUGGUGCUAGUUCGGGAGAGUUUACCCUUUGGAAUGGAUUGACAUUUAACUUCGAGACGAUUUUACAAGCUCAUGACGUUCCCGUUCGUACCAUGGUGUGGUCGCACAAUGACAACUGGAUGGUGACCGGUGAUCAUGCUGGCUUCGUCAAAUACUGGCAGUCAAACAUGAAUAAUGUUCGCAUGUUUCAAGCGCAUAAGGAGCCCGUCCGAGGAAUAAGUUUUAGCCCAUCGGAUAGUAAAUUCGUUAGCUGCAGCGAUGAUGGAACAUUGAGGGUGUGGGACUUUAUGCGAUGCCAAGAGGAAAAAGUUUUAAGGGGUCAUGGUGCUGACGUCAAAUGUGUUCACUGGCAUCCGCAAAAAGCUUUAAUAGUAUCCGGUAGCAAAGAUAACCAACAGCCAAUAAAAUUAUGGGAUCCAAAAAGUGGACAAGCCUUAGCAACACUUCAUGCACAUAAGUCAACUGUAAUGGAUUUGAAGUGGAAUGACAACGGAAAUUGGUUAAUCACAGCGUCCAGAGAUCAUCUGUUGAAACUGUUCGAUCUGCGUAAUCUGAGAGAAGAGGUACAAGUUUUCCGAGGCCACAAAAAGGAGGCCAGCGCUGUGUCAUGGCAUCCAAUACACGAAGGAUUGUUCAGUUCGGGUGGAUCAGAUGGUUCUAUUCUAUUCUGGAAUGUUGGAACAGACAAGGAAGUUGGUGCUAUUGACACAGCUCAUGACAGUAUUGUCUGGACAUUGGCAUGGCAUCCCCUGGGACAUAUUUUGUGUUCUGGAUCAAACGAUCACACAAUAAAAUUUUGGACGAGAAAUCGCCCCGGAGAUCGAAUGACUGACAAAUACAAUCUGAAUACGUUGCCAGCUGGAUUGCAAGGAAUGGACGAUUGUGAUAUCGAUGACAGUGCUGCAAUUAUUCCUGGUAUGGGACCUGAAGACAAAGUCGAUUUCACCGAAAGUCUUACGAGCGAUCGUGGGUUUAUACCUGGCCUGGAUCUGGACACUUCUCACUUGAACGACAGACGAUCUGAUCGAGAUAAGAAAGUACCAUACAGUAAACCCAUUCCGCGAAACUUCCAGGCCCAUUGGAAUGAUACGGGCCGAACAGAAGAUGAUGAACUGAUGUCCAAAGAUAUUAAAGAUUCGAUGACGCAAAUUAUCGAUGUACCAAUGAUACCUCUGCAGAAAGUUGCACCAACAGCAAUAAUCGUUUACGGAAAAACGAUACCAGUUACUCCCGGAUCACGUCUCGAUCAAGUCAUUUCAGAAGGUUCCACGGCACUAAAUGAGUACAUCAGUUCCGGUGAAAUUGAAGAACUUAACGAUCUUUUACCUCCUAUGAAAGACGAUGACUACGAUUCAGACAGUAGCUACGAUAAACCAUCUGAACGUAAGCGCCGAAAGCAACCGUACGAUCAUAACGCUCAGCUAGUGUUUGAGAAGGACAGCACAAAUCCACCGACAUUUAUACCACCAUUGAUGGCACUAAAUGUUUUACCUGAUCCAAGUGCUGAUAAAGACUACAAACGCAACACAAACGGUACUAACGAUCGUGAUAUUUGGCAAUCCAAUCCAAACAAUCCAUGGGGCUCGAACGGACCAUCAUUCAAUUCCAAUAAUAAUAUGCCGCCCAGUCUACUGAACAUCACUAUACAGCCGCCCGAUAUGUCACCGACAGAUAAUUCCAAUGGGAAUUGGGAUCGACGGUCGGGUGACAAUGGCCGAAAUCGUGACGAUAGAGGACGGCGACGGGAUGUACGUGAUGGCCGUGAUGGUGACAAUAGGCGAGGUGGCAGUCGUUUUGAUAAUGGGAAUGAAAGUCGACGAAGACCGAGUGGCAACGAAAGCAGCAGUCGAUCUAAUGAUAAGUCUGGUCGUAAAGUUCGCAGUGGUAGAAAUCGUCGAAGAUCGUAAAUUGUUGUGGCUCAGUAAUUCAAACUUAAAAUUGUUAAUGUCUAAUCUGAUGAAUGGAAAAUAUGGUGUCACUAUUGCAUGUGACACAUGCGAGAUGUGAAAUACUGAAAGGAAAAAAAAAAUACCGAAAAAUUGUAAAAUUGUGUUGUUUA